AUGAAUUUCGACGCAUUCCUCCCUCCCAUGCUGGUUCAAAACCGCGAAGAACAAAGGCAUACAAUUACUCGAAAACGAAUGGAGAGAUUCUCACCGGGCGGACAAUUACUAUCUGUGACGGAUGUGAAAACGACACACUUUGAUGAUAAUCCACAACAAUCGACACUCCCAAUUGGCGGGAUGACUGGCAACCGAUACUACUCGAAUAAUAGAAACACGUUCCGCGAGGCGGAUUAUGACACUGUUCACACCUAUCGUGAUGUGCUUACUGAACCGAGACGGGUGGAACCAAGAAGAGAGGAAGUUAGAAUAUCGAGAGCAAGAGAGCCUGUAGAACGGGAGUAUCCAAUCAGAAGAAUUGACCGUGUUGUGCCAACUCAAAUAAUCCGUGAAUACAGCAAGACCGAAGAUCCUCACUCCACCCCUGAGUGGAAAAUCACUGACUCCUAUGUCAGAAAGACUUCGAUUCUGAAGACCGCGAGAAGAGAUCAGCCACCGCAAUCUUCCAUCCCACCACCAUACCCUGCUGGAACAUUGAAUACAAGCACUCAAAGAGUGGAAUGGAGAGAACCAUUGGAUUGUCUGAUUGACAGGAUUAAUAAAAUAAGACACUCGGUGGCAUGUCCACCAUUGGAGCCGUCAGUACGAUUGGCGGAUAUUGCUGCACAAUGGGCAAGGAUGUUAGCUAUUCGAGGGGAAUUUAGAAGUGACAGAACCCGCUGCAUGAACAUUUGGAUGGGUACGCGUGUGAACGAUUCGGUUGCUGACAUUUGGUGGGAUGAAGCUGAGGAGUACGGUACACGUAACCAUCUUGAUGAUCAAUCACUUUCCUGGGUUGGUGUCGCAAGUGCGUUCUGCGAGCAACAUCGACAAUUCAUUGUGGUAGCUGUUUAUGAAUGA